AAGUGCCACCAUGCAAUCGGUGCUCAUGUUGUGGGAACUGGUUGUGUUCGCGUUCCUUCCCACUUUCGGGGAACCCGUCACGGAGAAUGGCAAAGAACCUGCUCCUGCCAGACCUGACUUCGAGGCCGCCUUUCAAGGUGAAUGCGCAACGGCUAGCAUCUGCGAGCAGAAAUGUGCGAACCUCCACGACGGCACUUUCGAGUGCGAUUGCCAUCUUGGCUAUGCCCUGCACACGAACGGGUACUCCUGUCAUCGUGUCAACGUUACCCGACAAACGGAAGGACCAGUGGGACAAAAGAUGCGCCGCAGUGACCGGAAUCCAUCCCUUCAGCGAGCAGGCGGUUCCCUGCUGGACACGCACGGAUUCGUAAUCCACGACUUGUAUGGAUUAUCAGUUUCUCGGGCCGGGCUCGUGGAGCGGCUCGUGGUGCGUGACCGGGAUCCAUCCAGGCUCUCGACUCGGAACCCUCUUGAAGGUAAUUACUGCACCGGGGAUCCCGACUGCUCCGGGUCCGGGAAAUGCGUCCGGGAUCCCGACGCGGAUCUCGAGCGAUGCGUCUGCGACCUGGGCUACAUCGGUCAUCGUUGCGAGCAAAGCGUGACUAUAUCUGAGCCGAAGUUUUCCGGGAAAUCCUGGUUGCAGUUCCCAGUGCUGCGGGAAGCAUACGAAACGUUGAACAUCGUUCUCGAAUUUCUGCCUCACGAACCCGACGCAGUGCUUUUCCUGUCAGGGGAGAAGGAAGACUUCGCCGGGGACUUUUUCUCCAUUUCUCUUGUGGGGGGCGUCGUGGAAAUCAGAAUGGACUGCGGAUCUGGGUUCGGGGUUGUUAAAUCCACCGGAAGCGUUGUUCUACGCGCUUGGAACCGCCUGGAAGUGCGUCGCUUCCGCUGGGACAUUUCCGUUGUUUUAAACGGCGGACCAGUUGCCAAAGGACGAUCUCAGCCCCUCAUCUACGAACCUCAAUACGUACAAGGCAAAAGCGCUGAAUAUGCCCAGCGUCUCGCAUGGAAGCGUGUUUCUGAGAUGAGUUUAUGGAAGCUGCUGUGCUGCUUCCAGCAGGCAGCGGAAUGCACGUGGCUCGAAGUGAUAACGGCAACAGAAUAUUGUUCUAUCAUGCCGAGAUGGACAGAAUGA